AUGGAUUCGGAAAAAAACAUUUUUGAGUCGUUUAUGAUUAAUGAAGAUCUUAGAGAAUACACCGAUCUACAAUCAAUUAAUAUCAAUCAAAGUUUCAAUUCUAUUGAAAACCAUUCUGUUGUUGAAGAGGAGAGCAUACCAACUGAAUCAGAUUUAACCAAUUAUAUCCCAACUUCAGAUCCAAAUCUUACGCAAAAUGCUUAUAGCUUUACAAUAGAUGAUAAGAUGCAUUUGAAAAGUACUUUGGAAGAUUGGAAAAUGGGAUAG